AUGUCUGAAAGUAUAGAACAUUAUUUAAACCAAAUAGCGUCAGCAAGAGCUGAGAUAAAAAAUUUAAGACAACAGUUAUCCGCACUCAAGUAUGAGCAUAUGAAAGAAAUCAAACAGAUCAAGUCUACAUUGAGUGAACUCCGAUGCGGUAACUGUGAGAAUGCAGCUACAACUCUCAUCAAUCAUAGAAACGACCAACCAUCUUCUUCCACAUCUGAAGAUAUAAUUAUUUACAAACAAAUUGGAGUCAUAGAGACUACAUUUCAGAACAAACGUGGUGUUCCAAGACAGCCAUCUGUUAUGGCAAAAGCUAAGGGAGUUGUAAUUAUUGAUCCAACAGUGUUUAAUAAUCCAGAACAUGCUCUGAGUGGACUUGAGGAAUUUUCACACAUGUGGAUAAUAUUCCAUUUUCAUGCAACAGAAAGCAACCACGUGCCAGCCAAAGUGGCGCCGCCGCGGCUGGGUGGCGAGAGAUGCGGUGUAUUCUCGACGCGUUCACCACAUAGGCCAUGUCCUAUUGGACUGUCUCUAGUUAAGAUUGAGAGUAUUGAAGGCGACAGAAUACAUUUCCUAGGUGUGGAUAUGGUAAAUGGUACACCAGUCCUUGAUAUCAAACCUUACAUACCUCAGUAUGACUAUCCAACUAUGUAUGGAGCUACUAUGGAAAGACCACCGACUGAAGGAAUCAGUGACGCUGCUGAUACUAUGGCCAGUCUUCAGAUUGAUGAUGAUACCUAUGACAUUAGGAGCCUAAGUCCCCGUGUGACUAAUCCAAUGGGAAUUGAUACGAACAGGCCUCAACCAAUAUCACCUUACGACGCCGACCUACCGUCACCCGAACAGCCUAGAAAUCUUUUGACCCCAAUAUCGCCUAUCCCUGAUAUGCCAUCAAACGCGGACUUGGUUGAUGGUAUAACAUCUUCAUCCAUUUCAAGAUCUGAAACAGAAAGAGGGGCUCCCGAUGGCCAAGAAAGAUUCACACCUCCACAGUCCGCCAGAGCUGUUAAUAUGGUUUAUGAUGGUAUAAGGGUGGCUCCUUGGAUAUCUAGUCCACCGUCACAGACAUACGAAGUCCGAUUUACUGAUGACGUUAACGAUAGACUUGCAGAGUUAAUUGGUGACCGUGCUCCAGGAUUUAAAGCUAAUAUACAAAGUUUGCUUUCAGAAGAUCCUCGGUCAAACUACGUCAGGUCAAGAUACCCAGAUCACGAAUAUAGCUGUGUCUUAGAAGACUUGUCUAUAAGUUGUAUGUUUGACUUGGAUGCUUCAGUCUGUACUAUAAUUGCAGUCCGUGGUGCUGAAGACAUGCAGCAGUAAUUAACACUGUUGAAGAUAUUUUAAAAUAAUAUUUAUUAUGCAAGGAUAAAAAUAUUUAAAAGCUUUAUUCAAUUAAAACACCAUA